CAGAGAUGGUCAGAUGGAUUUUCUUGAAAGCCACAUUUUGACUUGGCCUAGUUUGCCCAGAAUGCAAUAUAAAGCACAGUAUUUUACUGUUCGGGGUACUGUAGGGCUGCCUAGGAGAGGGAAGAAAAUUUGUUACACAGGCACAAUGCAAGAAACAAAAGUAUAAAAUGUGUAAAAAUCUGAAUUUUUUUCCUGUACCGUGGUCUGACAUAGAUUAAAGCUGCACAGGUUUUUAGGUUUGUGAACUUCUGCAAUAAACGAAUGCCAACAGUGUACAAUGAGAGCACAAAAAUGUGCCUCACGAUUUCGCAAUUAAAAUGGUCUUCCGUGUUGCCAUUCCAGCAAUGUUGUUAGAUUUAGCAGCCUUCUUGUCCAUUUAGCAACUUUUUUAGUGAUCUGAUGGAACCAUUGGCAACACAUUGGCGACUUCGAAGUGAAAGGCACAUUAAGGCAGAUAUUAAGUCACUGUGGACUGUUAAACUACCAUUCCAGAAACUAUGCAGCACUUGCUCCAUGCCAAGAAGAAAAAAAAUACUUCGUUCCAGAGAAAAUUGCUACAGAAGAGGCCGCAUUCCUCAGUGCAAUUCAAAUUGCCCGCCACGAGUGAGGCGUUGUGGCGCUACAUAUGUCAUCGCCACCCUUUACUGCUAUCUGAGUAAAAAGCUGCCCGAAGACCAGUGCUAUGUUUUUUGGGGGGGAGGGGGGGGAGGAUCUCUGGCCGAUCUAAAGCAAUCUCUCCAGGCGGCCAUAGAUGUAACGGAAGAAUUUCUUACAUGCAUGGGUCUCAAGCUGUCACCGACCAAAUCCGAACUCCUCCUCUACAGACAGUCGAGGCAGGGUGUUGGGAACCUUGAGCCUCUGGAAACGCUGCCAGUUGAAAUUGCAACAAGAGGAGGGCACCUCAUUCCGAGGGUGAACUCCAUCAAAAUUUUAGGACUUUUAAUCAACGCCAAAGGCUGUAUUGCAGAAGCUCUAAACAAGCUGGGCGCGCAGGCGAAAAAUAUACUAAGACUCGUAAGCAAAAGGGGGGGACUCAAGGAGGACAAGCUACUCGGGGUCUUCCAAGCUUUCUUCAUCAGUCAUAUUACUUGCACGGCUCCAUACCUCAAAUGGAGCAAAAGCGAAAAGAACAAACCUGACACGCUCAUCAGGUCCAGCGUCAAAAGAAUACUCCGUAUUCCACAAUCCGCUAGCACGGUAAAACUACUUGAACUCGGAAUUCACAAUAUCACAGACGAAUUAAUUGAAGCACAGUUUAUUGCACAGAUCUCCAGGCUUUCGUCAACUAAGCAGAGAAUUAAGAUUCUUGAUGAAGCUGGUCUACACCCUAUACAGGCACCGCUCGACAGACGCCCCCUGUCUAAAUUAGCCCGGGAAGGUAUAAAGGUUGAGCCCGUACCGAGGAAUAUCCACCCAAUAUAUAACGAAGGUUGUAGAAGAGCGCGAACUAGAACCAUCUUUCGACAAAUAGAUCCUUACGGGGCAGAUGCAUUCUUCGUCGAUGCCACCAAAUGUGGCAGCAAAUACAGGUUUGCAAUCUCCGUCGUUGACGCGCGCGGUACGCUUAUCAGCGCCGCGUCAAUCUACACUAAACACAUGAAUGAGGCGGAGGAAACCGCAAUAGCCUUGGCUCUUCAAGCCGCAAAAAGCCCAACGACUAUUUUCUCCGACUCGCGCGUGGCUCUCGUCCGCUCUAGUUUGUAAACAUGCAGCCGGCAUAGUCAACAGAUCAUUUCGUGUUAGUACAGGAGAAGAACCUAGAGGUCGUACCAUAGCGUGGUUCCCGGCCCACGUGAACGAUCUAACCAACCAAGUGGGUUGCAACCCUAACGAGCGGGCCAACUGCCUGGCGCGUGAAUUCACGAACCGCGCCCGAGCUAAUGGUCUGGCUCUCCCACAGCAUUGCCCCUUCAAAGAUAAUCUUACCACCUUUCACGAAAUUACGUCUCAUUACAGACACAGCAGGAGGAAAUUCCCUCCCCCCAGCCCGAAACUCAACAGGGCUCAGGCCGUUACUUUCAGGCUCCUACAGACCAGGUCCUACCUCACCCCCAGAGCACUUCAUUGGAUAGACCCGAACUUCCAGCAGUCGUGCUCCAAAUGCGGUCACGCAUGCUACUCCUUUGACCACAUGCUCUGGCUGUGCCCGUACUACGCGGACUUUGACCUUCAAUACAAGUCCAAGUGGGACGCCUCGCUGACGAGCUUGGAUUUCAUGAAUCAACUACAGGCCGUCCAGAGGGCCCGCGACGUCGCAGAGAGUCACCACCUCCCUGUCCCGUUGUGGGUGGAGCCACCAACUUGAUCAAGUUCCUCAGGACACUCUAAUAAACUUCUUGUCACUGUCACUGUGUAAAAGUCGAAAGUGUGGUUAAGUCGAAAGUUAAGCAAUGGUGGUCUUAACUGAGAGGACAUAAGCUGCAGUUUUGCACCAAGAGAAACGGGCUUGCCAUUGUUCUCACAAAAUGCAUGUUUAUUUAUUAUUUACUAAGUCCAUUAGAAUGGUUCCUAAUCCUGCGGGUGCUGCUGGUUCAGUGAACAUGUUCAAUCGAUGGUUGUUUGCAAGCGUAGCAGUAAACUGAAUUAUCAAAACAUUUUGUAAUAAAUUUUAUGGCAAGACCUAAAAUGCAGUAGGUGAAUAAGAUGGAGAAACUAGAAGAGCAUACAUAUUGAAGUACCAGGGCUCAAUGUGAGAAUCUGAUUGGACUGCCUUUGUUUUUUGCAUGGAGCUUCGUACACCAUAGUAUCUGACCUGCAUAAAAGUCACAUAAUUAUCGUCGCCACAUUAACAUGAGCAAACGCAUGUCACGAAAUGCAGUUCUUUCAUGAAGGCUGAAAGAAAAAUUGCAGGCAUGAUGAAAGCAAGGUGUGUUUUCAGUAUAGGAAAAUUGGAGUACUCAUGUUAUUCAAAAUUAUUUAACCGUGCUAGAUCUACAACUUCACAAUUUCAAGGCUAAUGCAAAAUUACAGCUGCCAUGUCAAUGUUCCUGGUGCAGAAGGUUGGUGGGAGAGCAGCCUCUUUUUUUCUGCUAAACUUUCUGACAAACAUUGACAGCUAUGCACAAUUUACUAUCCUAACAUUGUACUUUGCUAAAUUAAGCUCUCAUCAUUCAUUGUUUGGUAAAAUAGUAAAGUAAAAAAACCCUCUGCUACACCCUGCUAGUAAAUUCACUGCAAAUUGCUCACCUGGACACGCUAGAUGGACGUGAAAUGUUUCGGUACAUGGCAUUACGUCAUGUUAGCCUAUAUUAUAGUGUUCAAAAACAGCUACAUGUAAAAUUCACUUGGCUGUUUUUGUGACUUUGCGAAAAAAUGUAGCGAAAAUUUCAUGACUUCAUUGGCUCAAGUUAGGAUGCGUGUGAACGCUGAGAAACACACGUGGCAGUCGGGCUGCUCUCUCGUGCUUCAUUAUGGACACUCUUUGCCAUCUAGUGACACUGCCGAGAAGUCUGCGCAUGGCCUCCGAGACGAGAAGCUUGGCACGUCGGUGCGUGUGAACACCGAGAAUUGUUCCCUCACUUGCCGCAAACCCAAUGUCGACGUGAAAGUGGUUCGUUGGAGAGCGGCACAUAUGUACACAUUUCCACAUACUUGGGCACCCAAGUUAAUCGACGGUUGGUUUCGAAUCCUGCUCCCUCAGCACAGCAGCCCGAUGCACUACCCAUUCGACCAUGGACUACCCAGUGACCCAGGUAGGCGGGAAAACAGUUAGAUAGAAACAAACAUACAUAUAAACAUUGAUAGAUAGCCCCCGGAAUGUAUGUGAACUACUGUAAGAAUGCUAACACAUUAAAAAGUUGGCAAUAUUGAUGAUUUAUCAAGUUGGCACCUCCUCUUGAUUUUAAAGGAUGCAAUGUUUCCUAGUGAUGCUGCAUGUUACGGACAGAUAACUAGCACAACUUGGCAUUUUAAUUGACUUCUCAUAAAAGGGCAUAUUUAACGUUUUUCCAUUUGUGUGGUAAACCCCAUCAUGCUUUCAUUUCUUAAUGUGUGUGUGGCCAAAGUGGUGCCAUGGUACACUAAUUGCCACCUUUUCCCUGCACUUAAAAGGCAGCACAUCUUAUGUCCAUUUUUUUUUUCAAGUCUGUCUAAAUUGUGUGAGGAUUUCCUAUAUAGAUGAGCAGCUAGCUCUUUACACAGUAAACAUUAACACUUUUCAAGAGUCCUUUCCACUGAGCUGUGGUGGCUUAUCAAGUAGAAACAAAUGCUAUCGAGUCUGUACACUUUUCAGGAGCAACCAUGAACCAGUGCCAAUCACUGUAACCUAUUAUGUAUGGUGCCCUCAACACGGGGAAAGUUGCCUCUCGCCGGCGCACUUCAGCAACACUAGCUUUUGUGGGAUUUCUCGAGAUUAGCAACGUGAUGUAUUACAUAUUUUUUUUUUAUAUUGAGGGACAGUGCAGCGUACAUGAUAUUUCCGCCUUUCUGUGCUUUUGAAAGCAGGUAAUACGUCAUUAAAGAGGGCAUUGUAGUGGUACAAUUCGGUAAAUACAGGCAGACAGAUACGAUCAGUGGAUAUACACGAAAAUGUAAACAUCAGAUUUGGUGUAGUGUAGGCUGCAUCAAUGCAUGCUGCAGAAAUAAGAAAAGCAACGUUUGGCAACAGGUGCCUCUUGCAGGAAACAGCCCAAUGAAACAGAUUCAAAAACACCCACAUUAGCGCCGACUCGCAACUGAAUUGGACACUGGUGAACAUAUGUAUCGCACUAAUGGCACGGGCACUUAUGAAAAGAAACUACAGUAGGAAAACGAAUGUCACAUCUGAGAAAGCCGUGAAUGAGCAUAUAGGCAGUGCAGUACUAUAGGGCCUUGUAAUUGUCAGCUUUAAUACACGUGUGAACCCUCUCCUUAGCUGUAGCUUCAUUGCACAAUGAAAUACCUUCACUUGGGGGAAAUGUGGGUUGAAUUAUUGCAUUUCUUUUUCUUUAGAGAAAACCAUAUUCUAGGUUUCAAUUGCAAAAUUAGGCAAAUCUGCUUUUAAGUAUAACAAAAUCAAGGCAUUUCUCCAAACAGAAGACUGCAAGAACUUAUUCUAACCCAGGCAUGGCAGCUCCAUAGAGGCUUCAUUUUCCCAUUAUUGCUCUACUGAUGAGGCUCACAACAUUAAGCAUUUCCCAGAUGGUGACAUAUCCUGGUGUAACAAGUGAGCACUAGUGAUGGCAUGAAUACCAAACCUUGCACAAGAGACCUUACUUUUCCCACUUACAGGAAGCACAGAAACAUAACCGGAUUAUACGUAUAAACUCAAAUUAUAUUCAAAAAUGCACAAUUAACUCUAUAUUGUACAUAAAUUUGAUCCAAUCAGCUUUAUUAUUAACAAAAAUGAAUCUGAGGGGAAUUUGUCAUAAAUUUCACAAAUUUCGGCUCUAAGAUUUAACAAAUCUUGCAUCAAGUUUUAUGAAAAACUGAUUCUGUUCAUGAAAAUAUUUUAAAGGUGUUGAAGGAUGGGGGAAAACAAUAUAUUGAAGAAAUGCGUACAGGAAAGAAAUUGCAAUGGUACCUGCACCACCCUUUUGAGGAAAACUCGUGUUUGUAUAUCUAACGAAACAGCACCUGCUCGGAGGGGUGCUCAAAGCUUGUACACCAUGGACAUCCGAUGCAGC